ACGACAGACCCAACACAUGUCACUGCUUUGCCCUACUAGCCAACAGCAUAUCCCUCUUUUUGUUCUCUCUCUAGAUUUCUUAACAUUCUGUUCUCUUUCUCUCUCUUUCUCUCUUUGUCAUGGCAAAAUUACCUGCUGAGCAACAACACCCAGUGGAGGCCUUGGGAUGGGCAGCCAGAGACACAUCUGGUGUCCUCUCUCCUUUCAAAUUCUCUAGAAGGGCAACCGGAGAAAAAGACGUGACAUUCAAAGUAUUAUAUUCUGGGAUGUGUCAUUCUGACCUUCACACAAUCAAGAACGAAUGGGGCAACACCAACUAUCCUUCUCUUCCUGGGCACGAGAUUGUGGGUGUGGUAACAGAGGUAGGUAGCAAGGUGCAGAAAUUCAAAGUUGGAGACAAAGUUGGGGUGGGAUGUAUGGUUGGAUCUUGUCACUCUUGUGACAAUUGUGCUAAUGAUCUUGAAAACUAUUGUCCUAAAAUGUUACUCACCUACAAUUCCAUCUACUAUGAUGGAACUCCAACCUAUGGAGGUUACUCUAAUAUUAUGGUGGCUGAUGAGCACUUUGUGAUUCGCAUCCCUGACAGUCUUCCUCUUGAUGCUAGUGCACCUCUUCUUUGUGCUGGGAUCACUACUUAUAGCCCUCUAAAACACUUUGGGCUUGACCAGCCCGGUAUGCAUGUGGGUGUGGUUGGUCUUGGUGGGCUUGGUCAUGCAGCUGUAAAAUUUGCCAAAGCUUUUGGUGUUAAAGUGACUGUGAUUAGUACCUCUCCGAACAAGAAGAAAGAAGCUAUUGAACGGCUUGGUGCUGAUUCUUUUUUGGAUAGCCGUGACCCAACUCAGAUGCAGGUUGUUAUGGGCACAAUGGAUGGUAUCAUUGAUACGGUUUCUGCACCUCACCCUCUUCUACCAUUGAUUGGUUUGUUGAAAUCUCAUGGAAAGCUCAUCUUGGUUGGUGCACCAGAGAAGCCGCUUGAGCUUCCAGUCUUUCCUCUGCUCAUGGGGAGGAAAAUUGUGGCUGGGAGUUGCAUUGGAGGCAUAAAAGAGACACAAGAGAUGAUAGAUUUUGCAGCAAAACACAACAUAACAGCAGACAUUGAGGUGAUACCGAUGGACUACGUGAAUACUGCACUGGAGCGCCUCGUGAAAGCUGAUGUUAGAUAUCGAUUUGUGAUUGAUAUAGGGAAUACAUUAAAAAUAGCUUAAAGUUUCUGCGUUGUGGCUCCUGAAUUUGGCUUUUCUUUUUGGACUGACUUUGCUGUUGGAUAGGGAUAUCUCACAGAUUGCAAGUCUUAGAAGUUCUGCACUUAUUUUUCUUGUGUUGUUGCUACUGGGUACUUAUUUCUUCUUAUCAUUCAAAUUUCCGACAGUGUAAUUCAAUAUUUCAUUUUGAAUAAAUGAUAGUGGUCAAUUUUGCUAGAAUAAAA